AUGGGGUUUGGUUCUAAAAGAAAGCUUAAACUACUUUUAGGAGCUCUUUUCGCGACUUGUCUCAUUUCUGUCUUUACGACUUAUGGUUCAGACUCCCUCCCUGAGUCUAUAAAAUUUCCUAUUGAUACGAGCUGGGCUUCUGAACAACUCAAAGGAUUGAAAUCGUCUUUCGGCAAGAAGACCUCAACAACAUAUGAUCCUAGUAACAUAAAACAAAUUCCUUACAGCGCAAUCGAGAAACUUUAUGAUUAUGAGUUGAAUUCUGUUUCAAACAUUGAUUGGAGUCAUUAUGCAUAUGUUAACUAUGCUGCUGAUGAGAAUUAUCUCUGCAGCUCAAUCAUCCAUUUUAAUCGUUUAUUGGAGACUGCUACGCAAGCCAAGCUGGUCUUAUUGGUUGCUAAGGAAUUGACUGAAUUAUCUCCAGAUCACCCCGUCAGUAAGAUGCUUGCAGGAUUCAAAGCACUAUCUGAAAACUGUAUUGUCGAGCCCGUAGAUACGAUAACAAUAACAGAUGAUAGUUCUGAAUGGAGUAAAAGUUUGACCAAACUUCAUGUUUUCGGACUCACCGAGUUUGAGAGAGUUGUAUACUUUGAUAGUGACGCUCUCAUCACCAACAAUUUGGAUGAAUUAUUCUUUUUGCCAGACUACGUUCAAUUUGCAGCCCCAGCAACGUACUGGUUCUUGAAAGAUAGCGAAAUUCCUGCUCUUGUGGAGGAAACAAAGAAAGUCUCUGCAUCCCUUAAUGUGACCAGCGAUUUAUAUUUGAUCGAGCAAAAGCUAAGCGAAAAAAUUGCCAAUGGAGAAGAGAUUUACAAUGAUCUCCCUAACUUGCCAAAGAGUCUAUAUCCAAAAUCUGAAAACGCGGACUUUGAAUCUGAGGAUAACACCUAUUUCAAGUUCUCUUCUACAUUGAUGGUUAUUAAACCGGAACAAUCGCAAUAUGAAAGUCUUGUUAAUGAGAUAAUACCAAAGUAUACCAACGGGACAAAAAAAUAUGACAUGGAUUUAAUAAACAUCGAGUUUUAUGACUUCAAUAAAACCGUUGAGGAUCAAAUAAACCUAUCGAAGCAAAUUAUGCAGGGUUUCAAACCCACAAUGCUUGUUUUGCCUUAUGACAAGUAUACAGUGAUAACAAGAACUCUACAAGAUGAAAACUAUCAACAAUUAUUGCACAACGGUAUUUUGGGUUACGAGACCUCAGAUAAAUCUAAGGGUCCCGUAUCGGCUAAGUAUUACCAUUUCAGUGAUCACCCUACAAAAAAACCUUGGAACUACAAAAAGAUCAGCGAUGUUUCAUGCGCUAAAAAAGCCCCAGAGGAUUCUUGCAAGGUUUGGCUCAAUCUCUUCGCUAACUACUUCGAUGAAAGAGCAAAAUACUGUGUAACCUAA